AUGAAAACGGCAAUUCUUCUGCUCCUGGGAUCCGUCGUUGUUGUUUUGGCUACCAAUGAUCAAUUCUCCGAAAUGGAAAAGCGCAAAUCGGCUUAUAUGAGAUUCGGCCGCUCUGAUCCCGAUCUUGUCAACGCCGCUGCUGAUGAUAUGGAUGUGCAAAAACGGAAAAGUGCCUAUAUGAGAUUUGGAAAACGUUCUGAUCCUGAACUAAUUGAUGAUGAGAGUAUGGACAUGGAAAAAAGAAAAUCAGCAUUCAUGCGCUUCGGCAAGAGAAAAAGCGCAUACAUGAGAUUCGGAAAGCGAUCUUUCGAUGAUAACGACGAUGAAAUGAGCAUGGAAAAACGCAAAUCUGCUUACAUGAGGUGA